AUGCAAUUGACUGGACUAACACUUUUUCUCUCUUACCUCUUUACAGUUAUCGACGACGAGCAGCUGGUCCGGGACGUCGAAUCCCGCAUCCCGUCGCUUCCGAUUGCCUACUGGAGCAAGCACAAGAAUGCCGUCCAGAAGAAGGCGGCCUGUGCCAAGUAUCCGUCGAUCUUCGAGCUGGAGUUCAACAACAUCUACUGGCAAACGCUGCGGAGUUCCAACGGUACGUUCCAGCUGUUCGGGGCGUACUACGACAUCCGGAAACGAAGUCGCAUUGGACCGGCGGUUCGUAUUCUGGGGAUGAUCGACCGGAUCGAACCCAAGGUGAAGACCUUCUGUCAGCUGUGGUUCGACGGACAGAAGGAGCCGUUCAUCGUGAAGACGUUCGAGUACAAGUACAUCUGGUUCAACAAGUGGGGCAACUACAAGCAGGGCAUCUACCAGCCGUAUUUGAUAGCGUGCCAGAUUCCUAAGCCAUUCAGGGGAUUGGUCCCGGCGUCCGUAUCGCUGGUGGAGAAGCAGUGCGACACGGCGACCAACAAUUUGAGGGUGCUGUACAACCGGCCACUGGACGACAAGAAGAAGGGCUUUGCCGUCUGUGUGAAGGGCCUGGACUUCCUGUACGAUGACCUGUCGGUGCGACUGGUGGAGUGGAUCGAACUCCUAGGUAUCCUAGGUGCGGACAAGAUCUUUUUCUACGAGCUGCAGGUCCACCCGAACAUAUCCAAGGUUCUGCGGUACUACGAAGAGCAGGAUCGAGUUCACGUGACUCCGCUGACUCUUCCCGGAGGUCAACCGAACGUCCCAGGAUUCCAGCAUCUCUUUCUGUCGAAGAAGACCACUCACAAGCGACAGAACGAGCUGAUACCGUACAACGACUGCCUGUACAAAAACAUGUACAAGUAUGACUUCAUUGCCCUGCUGGACAUCGACGAAGUCAUCAUGCCCAAACUGGACGAAGACCGCACCUGGCAUGACCUCAUGGAGCGGGUCGUCGAAAAGGGCAUGAAGCUCAAGAACGACACCUACCCGAGUUACAACGUGCGGAACGUGUACUUCUUCGACCAGGACCAGCACGAGCACGACUGGAACAAGGACGUGCCCAAGUACAUGCACAUGCUGCAGCACGUCCAGCGGGCCAAGAACUACACCAAACCGAACCAGUACGUCAAGUGCUUCCACAACCCGGAGCGGGUCCUCACGCUGCACAACCAUUUCCCGAUCGCGUGCCUCGGCGGAGCUUGCCAUUCGUUCCCAAUCAGCACGGACGAUGCCCAGCUGCAGCACUACCGGGCCGAUUGCGUCCGGACGCUCAAGAAGAGCUGCGAGGAGUUCAAGGAGAACCAGGUCCGGGACACCACGAUCUGGAAGUACAAGGACGAACUGGUGCAGCGGACGCGCCGCACCCUGGACACGCUCGGCUUUUUCCGGCCGUCGUCGGCGGUCGGCGGCAUGGGGCGUGGCCGCGACUCGCUCUACAAGCGGUGAUUGUUGCAGAAGCUUCGGCACAUGUUUAAUCUCUAGUUACGUUUGUUCAUUUAUUCGAUUGACCAACGACGGCGGCGGCCGGUCGACAGCGGCGGCGGGUCAUCGAACAACACUUCCGAACGGGAGUGUUGCGAUCUGCGACGGUAAGGUGCCGAGACGAGCCGAGCCGAACGCGACCCGAAGGUCUUCGGCUGGAGCCGAACUGCUUCGGCCGAAGGCAAUACAUUCGUCCGGUUGAUUGGAUCCAAGCCGAAUGAAUGAACGAUCGAUUUAUUUUUGAUUCUUGAAAUUUAGGGCAAGUUUAGGAAGAAACAUGUUAUAGCAGUCCCGACCCCGCCGGGGCGACUUAGUGAGUAUUGUUUUCUUCUUUGACAGAAAAAAAAAGAAAUUGUAGGCAUCAGUUAGACGGAAAGUUAGGACAGUCAACAGAGAAGUAAUUUAUGUACGUACGUACGCAUGUGGUAGCGAUUUCCUCAUCCUGAUGUGUCCUACUUGAAUACGUGUGCUAGGAGACAGGAGGAAAUCAUCCUAAACGUAGGAUUCUAGGUUUAAGCGUUCAAGCUUCGUUAAGGUGUAGGAAGAAAGUCAUUGCAUUAAAUAGACGAGUGUAUUUAUCAAUCAAUUAUUAUGAUUAAUGGAAACGAUGUGUGCCUUUUCGUUAGAUUCUACUACUAUUAGCACUACCAAUCAACGUUUUAUUAUCGCGUAAUAAUCUACCUGCAUACUCCUGAAGGGGUGCGGUUCUGUUAGAAUUUCUAUUGGUUUGCUGUGGGAAAACUUAAUCCUGAUACGUAUGGACUUAUCCAUCGAUGAACAGAAUUCACUCGGUCCGAGAAUUUUGACAUUAAAGCGGGGCUGCUUCCAAUCAGAAUUGAAAAAUUCUGAUUUGAAAUGGCCCUGUUCUGGUGUCAAAAUUCUCGGACCGAAUGAAUUCGCACAUAGAACAUCUAUCAAUAGACGAGUGCACCGAUGAACUGAAUUCAUCGCGGUCCGAGAUUUUUGACACUACACAGUGAAAAAUUUCUACUCAGUGGUUGAGUUGGUCUUACUCAAAAAUCGAAAAAUCCUUUGUUUUCUUACUCAGUUUCCGUUAAA